AGUUUUAUGUAAGAUUCAUAAUUGAUAUUUAAGUUGGUAGUUUCUAUCCCCAGUGGAAGAUCACCUUUGUGACCAAAACAACUCAAGAUGGCGAAAGGUGGAAUUGUUCUCUUAGGCGAAAGCUUCUGCAAAUUAAGACGCAUAGUCGUAGCAGUGACACUUGUGGGCCUGAUGGCGUGUAGGAGUGCUGGUGCCCAGAGUGUGACCUACACCUUCACUCAGUUUCCGUACAAGGAAACUGUCAGUAAUGAAAAGGUUUGGUCUGAGUAUGAGGUAGCAUGUGCUCAGUCUCCACGAUGCCUUGAACUGCGUGGAGUACACCACACUCGCUGUGUUCGCCAGUGUGUGUCACCUUCAUGCUACCUUGACAUCUACACUCAUGAUGAACUUGAAGAAGGAGAGAUUGAUGUGCGCCUGUCUUCCUUCAAGGGUUGUUUCCUUCAACGAAUGUCUCGAAAGAGACACCCCUGAGGCAACCCUAAUCCCACCCUCAGCCACCCAAGGUCCACUACCACCAAAGUGCCACUCACACCUGACCCACUGACACAACUGUGGACCCGAUGGCUCAUCAGGGAUUUAGAGGAAGUGGCACUUAUGGUAUAUCCAUGGCCUAGGAUGCCUGUAACCAGAUUUUAAAUGAAAGAAUUAUGUAAUUAUUUGAUUAACAAUGUUUGGCAUUCUGUAAUUGCUGCAUCAUUUAUUGUUCAGUGUUUUAUUGAGUGGGUUUAACAAACUUUGCCAAUUCUGUAAUUGGAUACGUUUUUGGAUGUUGGUUUUAUACAAUUUGUAGGUAUUGGAGAGCACAAAUACUGAGUUUUAAAGUUUGAAGAGUAGAGAAUGAGUAAUAUGAAAUAUAUUUGUCAAGAUCAUAUGAGAGGAUGGCAAGCUGUCCUUUUGUAUAUGUAUCUUGCUAAGGGGUCUUUGAUAGUACAUCUAAAAUGAAAACCUACCAGUUAGAGUAGGGGGGUGCAUCAGAAAAAGGCAGUUACCACUGUGGGACCUGCCACUUCUUAGGCAGACUUGCUAACCAUUGCACCUUUGUCACUAUGGUGACAACCCUCACCCACAUUGCUUUUCCCAGGAAGAUUGCAUAACCAUCCAGCUUUCAGUGCAUGACUUUUAUGUCAUCUGUGUCAACAACACUCCCUGCUGCUGCCAUAGAGUGAGAUUCCUGACUUUGCAUCCCUUUUUCCACUCUCAAAAUAUGAGAUACUUGUACAUCAUGUCUUGUUAAUACCUCUCUCAGUGCUAGUAUAGGUAUUACUUGAGGUUGCAACCACCUACUAUAACUUUUCUCACCAAUAUGUAUUUUGAGCUGUCAGUAUCACAAUGAGGUCCUACAAAGUUUCAACCUGCCUCUUCACUAUAUAAAAGUACUGGGAGAUAAGUUCACUUGGAGCUUGUUUGUGCUCAAAGAAAUAUUGGCACAAAAUAUCUUGCUUGGUUCUCCUUUUCACUGGUUUAUCCAUCCUCUUCUAUGUUCAGACUGAUCUGCUGUUUCUCGUUAAAUUUUGCCCACCUCCACCACACAUUGAAGGUCUGAAAAGCAUAACAAACAUAAUGUACUGCACAGCAUCACUGUUUGAUCACUUCUAGCUUUGCCAUAGUAACAGACUUCCUUCAUGACACAAAUGCCACCAGUGGGAUCGCUCAAGUGUUUACUGGUGGGCGGGUGCAGCAGGUGCCAGCAGCAUGCCUAGCCCAUUGUCUUCCUCUUGGAGCCAGAUAUGGCUUGCAGCUUCCAUACCUGUGUGUUAUAAUCCAAUUAGGAUAAUGUCCACUGAUGUGGCUUAGUUAAUGGAGCAUUAAGGACAGACAGCCUCUGCUUCCUAUAGAAAACUGGCAAUGGCAGAGAAGGGAGGAAAUGUGAGAAUUAUCACUUGUAAGACAUCUGUGGUGUAACAGUUAGCACGUAUGCUUAGUAAAUGGAAGGUGCUGAGUUUCAUCACUGGGUGGUGACUGCUUUUUUAUGGUAAACUGCUCCUCUAACAUGAAGCAGUGAGUAGGAUCUAGUGGAGCGAUUCACAUUCCACGGACUGGCCUCAGGAGGCACACAUGGUAAAGAAGGAAAUAGCCUUAGUGGGGUUAUAUUAGUGUUGUCUUCUCUGAGUUUACCUACUUAGAUAAUUUUUUUCUUUGUCAUGGUUGUCUACACCUUAACUAAUCUUGGAAAGAAGUUAAGAUGACUCAUGGUCUAUGAAGACAGCUAGCUAUUUGGCACCUAUGGCUCUGUGUAGACUGUUUCUGUUUAAAUUAUAUGCAGUCAGUCUUAUUUGUCUACAUUUAAAAAAAAAAAUGUAGAAGCAUGUUCUUAUUGUUAUAAGUAAGGAUGCACCAGCAAUACAAUCAGUGACAUUCAUUAUCAGAACUCCUGCCAAUAUGAGUUUCACAUUACAUCUUGCCCCUCCUUUCUCUGAGAAAAUCUGCCAGAAAAUAAUUACUGUAUUUGAUGGCUCAUAAGAUGCAUGGGCUCAUAAGAUGCACCCAGUUUUGGCAGAUAUUGAAACUAAAAAAAAGAUAAAUGAGCAGAUUUAAGCUCUGAAUAGAAAGUGAAGGAUUUCACCUGAUAUAUGAAGACUCUCACAUGCAUUUAGAUCAUUAUUAGAUCCCAAUAUUUUGCGUUUGGAAACUUAAAUAUUUGCUAUUAGCCUAUGUAGCAAUCCUGUUGUGAGAUGUAAACAUGUACCUGGCAUAUGGUACUGGCAGUGACUGUGAGAGACUAUACGGGUAAUAAUCAUAACUUUUUUAUAUAUGUAUAUAUAUUUUUUUUUACAUGUAUGCAAGAUAAGAAUGUUAAAAGAUAGGUACAAUUUUAAUUGUAUGAAAGUGUGUCUUACCUCAAUGUGUAACGACAUCACACUAUAAAGAACACUGAACUUUGCCCGUGUCAAGAUCAAGAUCAUCGACCAUGUAUUUGUUUUAGUACACACAGCUCUAUUACACAAGGUGGAAUCAAAAGUUUUUCUUCUCAUCAACUCUCCUCCUCUACUGACUGUCUUCAGUCUCUGUCUCACUACCAGAAUAUUGCUUCUCUUGCUAUCUUUUACUGCUAUUUUCAUGUUAACUGCUGUGUUGAUUUUGUUAACUGCAUGCCUCCCCCCCUCCUGCAGCCUUGCUGCACAAAGCUUUCUUCUUCUGCUCAUCCUUAUUCUGUCCAAGUCUCUAAUGCAAGAGUUAACCAGUACUCUCAUUCUUUCAUUCCUUUCUUUGGUAAACCUCUGGAACUCCCUGCCAGUGUCUGUAUUUUAAACUUAUUACUUGACUUCAUUCAAGAGGGAGGUUUCAAGACAUUUGUCCCUAUCUUUUGGCUAAUUCUUUCAGCUCUGUAAAGCGACUGGUGACUGAUUGGCCCUUUUUUUCUAUUUUUUUUUGUUGCCCUUGACUUAUCCUUCUUUUGUACAUGAAAAAAAGAAAAAAAUGUAAUGUGUGGUGCAUGGUCACUCAGGCAAAUUCUUCCUGACUGGUGCCAUCCUAUAUGAAUUACCAGUAAGUAUGACUUAUUAUAUAUCACAUCUUUUUGAAAGAAAGAGUUGUUUUGUGGUAUAGUACCAGUCACCACUUUGUUUAAUGUGCAAAGAUGUCUGGGAUUUGAUUUAAGAGCCUCUGUUGCCACCAGCCAGUGCCUCAAUGUUGAACCUUGGUCUCAUAGCGUGCAGGCUCAUUUCCUGAGACUUGUUUUUUGGGGAAAAGGUGUGUCUUAUGAACCAUCAAAUACAGUACAUAGGAGCUUAAAGGCCUGUAUACACUAGGGGCAAGUAUGCACUCAGUGUUGUAGGAACAUGUUUAUUUUAAGAGUUUUAAACACUGUACAGCAUUAUCCCACUCAUGGGAAGUUCCCAUUUUGUAUUGCUGGGGCAGUGUUACACCAACCAUCUGAGAGGAUGGAUGUUUCCAGACACACUGGCAGUUACAGCAAAAAAAUUUGAAUGGACCAAGAAAGUCACACUGCACUUCAUAGAAAUUCUGAAGAACAUCCUUGCCUGUAGAAUAUAAAAAGUAAGGAAUACAAGAUGAAAAUAUGAGAAAUAAAAGUUUAGAAAGAAUUCUAAUAGAAAAGUAGUCCUUCGAAGCACACAGCUUUCCCUCUCUCAAAUCUGAAUGGUGACUGAACACCACAUAACGUGUCUUGCAGCUUUGCUUCCUAGUACAUAUGCUCGUGUUACUUCAGCACCAUCCAUGUUUCAUGAGGCUAAGUGAAUCCACACAGUGUAUAUGGGGCUUUAGGUUAGUCCUUCACAUGUUUUUGGAAGCUUAGAGUAAUAAAUUUAGUGUAUCUCAUAUUGACAUGAGGGGAAAUUAUCAUCUGUGACUGCUCCUUGCUUCACCUAACAAAACAGCUGUGUUUGUUUCAAACAAAGUGUUCUACUGAGGUGACAUGUGAUGCUCUUAUCUCCUCCAAAACUAUGGUGCUUCUUCUGAAUGUUUCCUUCCUGUUUAAUUCAAUCUAGCAUAAUGAAAUAACAUCAUGACAUCAAACUUUAAGGAAACAUUAAGUAUUUGUGGACUGACUUCUAAGACAAUAACAAAUAAGUUUUAGGUGUUUGAUGUGUUGUUAUGAAAGAUCACAUUUUCUAUUAAAUUCUUGUAUCAAAUUAGAUGCUACCAAAAUUAACUUUUCUAAAAGUGACUGUUUAGGUUACAAACUAUAAAAUGUAUGUAAGUAAAAUAUUUAAUUUUUAUUAUUGGAAAGAUUGUUGGCAAUGCUUACAUAUCUUUUCUGAAGAAUCUUUAUGUGUGUGUGUGUGUGUGUGUGUGUGUGUGUGUGUGUGUGUGUGUGUGUAUUUACCUAGUUGUAUUUACCUAGUUGUAGUUUUACAGGGCCUGGGCU